AUGGCGGCGCAGCUCGCAAAGCUGCCAGCGGUCGAGCGCUUGAGCUCAGCGUGCAUUCGCAUCCUCGGUGGCAAUCCGGGCAAGUUCACGCUCCAGGGGACCAAUACCUAUCUCGUGGGCACAGGACCCCGACGAAUCCUCAUCGAUACGGGAGAAGGGCGUCCUGCGUGGCUCGAUUCCCUCCGGAGCACCCUGGAGCAGGAGAAUGCAUCGAUUGAGAGUGCUCUGAUAUCGCACUGGCACCAUGAUCAUGUCGGCGGGAUCAAGGAUCUCCUGGAGCUCUCUCCCUCCACCCAGAUCUUCAAGCACAAGCCAGCGCAGGACCAAUCGCCCAUAUCUGACGGGCAGGUGUUUCGCACACAAGGCGCAACGUUGACUGCGCAUUAUACGCCUGGCCACACGGACGACCACAUGACCUUUGUGCUAGCCGAGGAAGAUGCCAUGUUCACGGCCGACAAUGUCCUCGGCCACGGGACAGCUGUUUUCGAGGACCUGACUGCCUACCUGCAGAGCCUGGGCAAGAUGAAGUCGCUCUUCACGAGUCGGGCGUAUCCUGGGCACGGGCCUGUGCUGGAGGACGGCCCAGCCAAGAUCGCAGAGUACAUUGGACACCGUCGACAGCGAGAGGAGCAGGUGCUCAAGACCCUGCGCUCGACCAACGGAAACGGCGACAAGCCCUGGACGGUGAUGGAGAUUGUCAGGAUCAUCUACAGUGAGGUCCCAGAGGAGCUUCACCCUGCGGCUGCGGGCGGUAUCGUCCAGAUACUGGGCAAGCUUCGGGAUGAGGGGCGUGUCGCGCACGACGCAGGCGACACCUGGCGGUUGGCGCGUUCUCACAGUCUUUGA